AUGCGGCUACGGGGUCCAGCCCUAAUUCAGCUGGUACUAGGGACGAUACUUACCUGCAAUUCAUAUAUACUCAAGACCAGAACAGGCACGAAUACACAAUUACUGACGUCUAAUGGUCAAACAAAUGUGGUACUACCACUAGAUGAACAAGGAAGGUACCGAUCAAACAGGUUACUAAACUCAGCGGCAACUGCGGAUACUACAGACACACAGGAUUCUAUUGAUAUUAAAAGUACAGUCAACCUGCCACAAAACUUGUGGCCCAAUCAAAAACACUUCAAUAGAGCUGCUAUUGAACGACAAAUACGUAUACAAAAAUUCUGGAAGGACUAUGAUAUAUACAGGUUACUACUAGAACGACGCCUGUCUAAAUUCCAGAAUAAAGGACUAUCUGAUACUAAAGCUACACAAAGGACCACAGUUAUACUAGAUGGACCACCGUAUGCAAAUGGAUCAGCACAUUAUGGACAUUUCUUAAACAAAACUAUUAAAGAUGUAUUGCUACGGGCAGCACUGCUCGAUGGGAAGUUGGCACUCUUCCUACCAGGAUGGGACUGCCAUGGUAUACCUAUCGAGUCCAAAGUGUUAAGCAAUACUGGAUACAGUUUGGGGGACUUGCGUACCGGGUUAACAGAUGCCGGGGUACCCCGGGCCGUGGAAAUCAGACAGCGCUGUAGUCAGGUGGCCACACGGUCUAUAGAAUCACAAACGGCAACAUUUGAAAAAGCUGGUGUAUGGGGAUUUUGGAAAGAUUUCUAUGCAACAUACCACUUCUAUUAUGAACGUACGGUUAUGGAAACUUUCAACAAACUACUAGACACGGGAUUGAUAUACCGUGAUAGAUGCCCACAACACUACAGCACAAAAUCAAAAUCAGUAUUAGCAGAUUCCGAACUUAGGUCAGAAGAACGCGACAUACUAACCGCACUUAUUGGUUUCGAACUGGUAGAUACAAAACCCGUUAUGGAGGCACUGGAUUUCCAUCGACCACUAGCAGACGUAAGAUUGGUAUGCUGGACAACCACGCCUUGGACAAUACCAGCGAAUCGUGGCAUAUUGAUCGAUGCACUAACUGAAUAUGAUGUUUUCUACCGUAAAGGGACACUCUUUGUUCUCAACAAUAAUGAGAAGUUUCGUGUAUUCUUACAAAAAGAACACGUUGGCCGCCUAAACGGUUCGCUAUUCGUAGGAAAAACAGUAUCGAACCCGGUAACGGAAGAACACUAUACAGUACACGACCAUGUUGGAAUUGUAAAGGAUAAAGGAACUGGUAUUGUACACGCAGCACCGGCACAUGGUAUUAUCGACUUCAGGUUACUGGCUUCGGAUGAUAAAUUCUCGGUACGAGAUAAUUUCGACAACGAACCUCACACAAUAUGUAACAUUAUAGAUGAAGAUGAAAGGUACUAUUACGGGCUACAUCCACUCUUGGAUGGGAUCAGUAUACAUGAUCUGGAUGCUGAACGACUAAGCUCUAUUUUAGGCGACGCUAUGCUACAGGCAAAGGUAGAACCACUUGCAGUAGAUGUAGAUUGGAGGUUAGGCAACCGAACACAUGUUAGAUUAACAAAACAAUGGUGUCUAUCUUUAUUAGGGCGAAAGGCUUGUAUACCGAAAAUGGAGGCCAUGAAAAUGUAUCCAGAGGCAUCUCGAAAUUACUUGAGAAACAUAAUUGCAAGUAGAACACAAGAUUGGUGUCUUAGUCGGCAAAGAGUAUGGGGAACUCCAAUACCUGUUGUAUAUGUAGAUGCCAAGGCAUUAGAGAGCCCGAACAUCGCCAAACUGUCAAAUGCUGAUGAACAUUACGAAGGUGUCCUUACAGGCGAAUACCGAGUAGCGGUAGACAUAGAUACACUACCGCCAUAUGAGAUUGGCGAUCGUGUAUUCCGUAAAUUAGAUUUCAGGAGUGACGUUGUGGACAUAUGGUUUGAGUCAGCGUUAGCACAACGGGUAACACUGUCACGAUUACGUGAAAUAUUAGCAGGCAUGUGCAGAAGGGCAGCACCGCAUAGCCGUUAUGAAUUCAGAGGAAUUACCCCGGAAUAUGUAGUUGAGGGACAAGAUCAGUUUCGUGGCUGGUACCAGUCCUCCCUGUUAGUGAACACUCUACUGAAAGACACUGAAGCACAAUGCCCACUUGCCCAGAGAGUUAUCACACACGGAUUUGUUAACGAUGAUACAGGUGAGAAACUUUCUAAACGCAACGAAAAAGUAGACAAUAAUGCUACUGAUACCUCGGGCCCUGAAGUCGGAACAUUUGCAUCACAGGGGUCAAUGGAAAAUGCAUCUGACACACAGAGUGAAACUACAGUUAGCAAAAGUCAUGUAAAUGAAGAGGUAUCUCAAUUGGAUAAGGGUAACUCUUCAGCAAGCCCAGUGGCUACUGACCUAUUGCAAAUGUUAGGCGGCGAAUAUUAUGAUGACCCUGAAUUAGUCGACCUGGAUAACCCACAGUGUGUAGGUGCCGAUGUUUUGAGGCUAUGGGUGUGUAGUAAUGACUUCCUACAAAAGGAUAUACGGCUGAAUGCAGCUAACCUCUCUGAAGCACGUGAUCUCGCAAAGAAGAUAGCCAAUUUCUUCAAAUAUGUAGUGGGAGUUACUGAUGAUUGUAAAGUCACAAACGACAGAUGCCGUAUCCGGGUAGAAUAUUUCAACGGACUGGAUUUGUAUAUGCUCAAACUCUCAUAUGCACUGGUGCGUGAUGCACGGCAGUUCUUCAGAGAGGGAAGUUUCCAUAAGGUCAUACGUGCCCUAGAGAUGUUCUUAACUCGAUUCUCUAACGUCUACAUCUCAUACAGCAAAGAUAGGCUUUAUUGUGAUGUGAAACAUGGCUGGUCUCGCACGUGUGCACAAAUUAUCGUUAAAAAAAUACUUAGAAACGUAUUAGGAGUUGUAGCACCGAUCAUGCCACAUAUGGCCGAAGAUGUAUACCAGACUAUAUCACAUCAACAGCCAAUAUUGAAACGACGAGAUGCGGCAUCGGUCAAAUCGAUAUUCGGUGACCGUUGGUCACGUUUACCUCCAUACCUCACUCGUGUGGAUGUAGCCAAUCGUGUUCAUUAUGCACUGCAACUGCGUAAUUUGGUCAAUACUCUAGGACAUGGACGAGAUAACCAAGAACUGGUGAUCAUCUGUGCCAAUGACGGUGUUAUCAGCCGUAUUCUUGACCUAGAGACGAACUUGAAGAUUGACCUAAGAAUACUAUUGAAUGUUGCCAAUGUACGACUAAUGUUGUAUUCUGACGCUGCAAUUCCUGCAGGAACACCUUUACGUGGUGACGGGUACAGCCUGCUAUUACAGCCUACCAGUUACGAAAAAUGUAAAAGAUGCUGGCUAUACCGUGAAGACGUUUCUGAGGGGUUCUGUGACAGGUGCGCCGCUAUAUGUGCAGUACCUAUUCCAGAACAACCAACCAUAGAAACUGAGCUUCCUAAUGCGCCAGAAUCUGAACAUGACGAUGAUUAUGUUCUAACUGAUGGUGACAAUGAAACCGUUGAUGAUGACGAUUACGGUUAUUGCAAUGACAAUGAAACGUAA